AUGAGGUUGAGCUCACUUUUGCUGGUGCUUGGCAUUGCUUCUGUGGUCUUCAGCGACACCUGCUCGAAAGACUCUUGUCCGACAAUGUCCGUGAACGAGAGGACCUUUAUCUGCGUGAAGCCCGACGGUGUGCACAGAAACCUUGUCGGAAAGAUCAUCCAGAGGUUUGAGGAGCGAGGCUACAAGCUCGUGGCUCUGAAGAUGAUGACUGCAUCAAAAGAGCACCUGGAGGUUCACUACAAGGAUCUUAAGGACAAGCCUUUCUUCCCGCACCUCAUACAGUACAUGGGGUCUGGACCAGUUGUCGCCAUGGUCUGGCAAGGUCUAGACGUUGUUAAGCAGGGACGUUCGAUGCUGGGGGCAACCAAUCCAUUGGCAUCAGCUCCAGGAACGAUCCGUGGCGAUUUCUGCAUUCAGACAGGUCGCAACAUUUGCCACGGUUCCGAUUCAGUGGAUUCGGCACAGAGAGAGAUAGCCCACUGGUUCAAGCCCGAGGAAAUUAACGACUAUGAAAGUCCAUUCAUCAACUCCUGGGUUUAUGAAUAG